AUGGCGACUCCUCCGCCUCACUUUGUCGUUCUCGGCGCCGGUGUCAUCGGCCUCACCACUGCACUGACCCUCACGGCCGAAUUCCCCUUGGCAAAGAUCACCAUUCUGGCAGAGUACUUCCCCGGCGACUACAACAUUGACUACUGUUCGCCGUGGGCCGGGGGGAAUUGGUGCUCCUCGGCCAACGAUAACGGCCUCCUCGAGUCCUUUGACCGCGUCGCGUUUGAGCGUUUCAAAAAGAUUGCAAAGAAUGCCCCAGAAGCGGGGGUCAAGAGCUCGCCGUUGCGGAUGAUUUUCGAUCAAAAGAUUGAGGACGCAGGGAUUCUAAGCGUAGGGACUGGCAAGCUGUGGUAUGAUGAUCUGGUGGGAGGUACCGUCCCACUGCACGCAGACGAGCUGCCCGCCAAGGCAGUUUUUGGACUGGACGUGCCCAGCACUUUUGUGAUCAAUACUCAGAUCUACUUGCAGUGGCUAUUAGAGCAGUGCAGACAGAGUAAAGUCGUUCUCGUCCGUCAGAAAAUUGGUCACAUCAAGGAGGCUCGCAUCUCUCCAAAUGUAACUGCUCUCUUCAAUUGCACCGGCUUAGGAUCUUACUUCCUCGGCGGGGUAGAAGACAAGUCCAUGUAUCCAACCCGUGGACAGACUAUCCUAGUUGAGCAGCCGAUCCAACCCCUCGAGAGAAUGUACUUUCGUUCUCCUCGGAGAGUAGACAACGACACUACCUACAUCUUCCAGCGGCCUCUGGCGGGAGGUAUAGUCCUCGGCGGGUGUCGUCAAGACGGAAAUUGGGACAAGGAGGUCGACCCCGAGUUGACAAAGACCAUCCUCCAGCGUUGUUGCGCGUUGGCGCCCGAGCUCGGCCGGCCCGAAGACUUGAAGAUUAUCAAGCAUGGCGUCGGACUGAGGCCGAAUCGCAGGGGUGGGCCGAGAAUCGAGGCUGAGAAGACAGAUGAGGGGCUCAUUGUGCACAACUACGGGGCAUCCGGAGCAGGCUAUCAGGCAUCUUGGUGA